UCUUACGGCAAUGUGGAUAGUCGAUGGAGAGAAUUCGUCGAUGCUGCCCUUGAAGGCAGAAAUUAUGCGGGUACGAAAGAUGCUUGCUCGGAGAAUGGACCUUGUUUCCCACCUAUGGGCGAUUUGAUGAUAGGCAGAGAUAAGAUGUUGGUGGCGAGUUCGACAUGCACGGACAACCAGAACUACUGCGAUCAUGAUGUUUCCAAUUCCACGAGAGCCGAUGGACCCGGAGUUUGUCGCCAAACGUGUUCUAGCGAUCCCUAUGCUCCAAAUUACUUCGGAAUCGAGAAUAUCAUCAAACAGAGCACGGCACAGCAGAUGAGCAAACGGUGGCAGUCGGCGCCGGGCGUAGAAGAGGUUUCGGUCACGCUCAAUUUGGAAUCCGAGUUCCAAUUCACCCAUUUGCUCAUGACGUUUCACACCUUCCGACCGAAAGUCAUGAUCAUAGAGAAAUCAAUCGACUUUGGGAAAACUUUCAAGGAGAUCGCGUAUUUCGCGCAUGACUGCAAUAAGGUGUUCCCGGCGGUACCCCGAGGGCCUAAACGCAGGCUGACGGACGUAGUUUGCGAGGAACGGUACUCACAGCUCAUUCCGAGGCAAAAUGGAAAAGUACUCUUCUCGAACCUCGUGCCCAGAGAAGAAGCUCUGAAGCAUUCCAACCUACGUGAGCUGGAUGAACUCCUUCGGCUCACCAACAUACGCUUCAGAUUCCUCCAGCUUCACAAGCUCGGGGACGACGCCAUCGGAGACAGUGAAGCUCUCAAGCAGAAAUAUUACUAUUCGAUUCGUAGUUUGAUUGUUCGAGGAACGUGCUCGUGUUACGGCCAUGCCGGGAACUGUCUGGCGGCGAGUAACGAUACCAGGGUUCCGAACAUGGUCUACAGCAAAUGCCAAUGCGAACACAACACCGUCGGGGACCAUUGCGAUCAAUGUCAUCCGCUCUACAAAGACGUUAAAUGGCAGCGAGCCUCGAAGGAUUUCUCUACCUGCAAAAAAUGCGACUGCAAUAACUUCUCGGACGAGUGCGUUUUCGAUGAGGAGAUAUAUUUGAAGAACGGGAAGAAGUCUGGGGGGCGCUGCAUAAACUGUCGCGACCAUACAGCCGGAAACAACUGCGAGCUCUGCGAGGAUUUCUACUAUCGUAAUCCUCAGGGGGUCUACGGUGAGGUUUGUCGCCGCUGUGAAUGCAACCAGAGAGGAUCUCAAAACGAGGGUCGCUGUAUCCAGUACGACACCGAGACGCAGAUCGCUGGUCGCUGCGUGUGCAAGGGCAAUGUUCAAGGACCAAGGUGCGACUCGUGUAAACCGGGUUUCUGGAAUCUCGACACGAACAACGAAGAAGGCUGCGAAGUCUGCAAAUGCGACAGAAGAGGAAUCAUCAUGGGCAGUCAAGGUUGCAACCAAGAGACCGGGAAGUGUUCUUGCAAAGAGAAUGUCGUGGGACAAUCUUGCGACGCUUGUGAAGAGGGUCAUUACGGACUCGAGGAAGGUCCCAACGGAUGCAAGCCCUGCGACUGCGAUCGUGGUGGCGCUUACAACCCGGAUAAAUGCAACGUUGUCACCGGCCAAUGCGAAUGUAAAGAGGGUGUCGAGGGUCGGCGAUGCGACCAGGUGAAAGAUGGAUACUUCGUCCCGCUGCCAGAUUACAUCAUGCACGAAGCUGAGAUACCUGUGGAGCAGAGGAACACGAAGGUCGUGAUGCGUCCCCACAACGCGCAGAGCAACAUGCGAGACUUCACUGGCGUGGGUUUCAUGGAUUUGGGACUGACCGGCAUGAUUGAGCUGAAGUUCCCGGUAAUUCCAUGGACGGGCUACUACAGCAUAGCGAUUCGUGGGGAAUCCCGUUCCCAUGUCCAAGAACUCGAGAUAACCCUGCUGAGGGACAAUCGUCUCUCGGCGGACGGUCAAUGUCGAGGCGAGCCCGAGGAGCCGAGAGAGGUCAUCAAUCUGCAAACUCGGUAAGACAAUUCCGUUCCGGUCAUGAGGGUAUGUCUGGAAAAGGACACGGGAGUCACCGUCCGAGUGGAGGCGAUGUCCACGAGUGAAGCGCAGAUCCUGGUGGAUUCGGUCGUGCUUCAGCCGGAUUACAAAACACUAGACGUUUAUCCCCGAUUCAUGCCGAUGGGUCACGUGGAGUAUUGUGUCACCCACGUAGAGCGCUACGGAACGGCAAACUUGAACGAGGUUUGUCCGAAGCUCCUCUUCUCAGGAGGCCUGGCGAUUUGGAACCGAGCAUUCAAAUGCGAAUGCGGUAUCGGAAGCUCGAGCAACGUUUGCGAGCGAAUCGGGGGCCAAUGCAAAUGCAAAAUGAACGUUGUCGGCAGACAGUGUGACGCUUGCGAUACGACAUCUUACGGAUUGGAAACGGAGGCUGAAUGCAAAGCCUGCAACUGCAACACCGAAGGCUCGAAGAACCAGUUCUGUAACUCUCGCGGAAAAUGCGACUGCAUUGACGAAGUCUACGGGGAGAAGUGCGAUAUGUGCAAGCCCGGUUUCUGGGGAACUCCGAGAUACUGCAAGCCGUGCCAGUGCCACGGCAGGGCGGAUACUUGCUUCUCUCAGAACGCAACGUGCAUCGACUGUCGCGACAACACGGCAGGCGACACCUGCGAGAAGUGUCUCGAGGGCUUUUACGGAGACCCACUUCGAGGGAUUCCUUGCAAGUCGUGCCUGUGUCCUGGAACCGCGGCCUCGGGUCGCAACCACGCCACGUCCUGCACCUUGUCCAGCUCCAACGAGAUGUUCUGUCAUUGCAAACCUGGGUACAAAACCCCAAAAUGCGAGGAAUGUGACAACAACUAUUUCCAAGACAAAGAUGGCUGUAUUCCCUGCGACUGUAAUGGGAAGAUCGACUUGAGUCUCGAAGGCAACUGCGACGCGCUGACCGGGAAAUGUCUUCGCUGUCUGCACAAUUCCGAGGGAGAUCAAUGUGAAUUGUGCAAGCAAGGGCAUUGGAAGAACAGUAACAACGACUGCCAAGAAUGUGAUUGCGACUCCACCGGUUCCGUCGAUUCCUAUUGCAAUCAAGAUAACGGAAAAUGUACCUGUCAUCCGAAUGUCGUCGGAGAUCGAUGCAGCGCGUGCGCUGAAGGAUUCUACGAUUUCCAUUCCGGAAAGGGUUGCAAGCCUUGCAAUUGUGAUGUUCACGGAACGGUGGAGGGAAGCGUCACUUGCGGUCACGAUGGGCAAUGUUACUGUAAACCAGGCCGGGGAGGCCUCCAGUGCAACGAGUGUUCUCCCGGAUUCUACGGUGACCCAGCGUCCGGAUGCUACCGCUGUGACUGUGACGGUUACCAAGGAGCGAUAAAAGGAGUUUGCGACGCUCGGACUGGACAUUGCAAGUGCCGCGAAGGCAUGGCGGGACCACGAUGCGACCAAUGCGCCCGAGGUUUCAAGGGCAAAGCGCCCUCGUGCGAACCGUGCGAUCCGUGUUUCGCUGAUUGGGACAGAGUAAUCCAAGAACUGGAUGAACGCACAAAGAAUCUCACUGAAACGGCAAGACUUAUCAAACAAACUGGCACCUCUGGAAUCCAUCGAGAGUUCAAGGAGAUCGAGGGCUACUUGUCCCAAAUCAAAGAGAUACUGGCUAAAGCGAACAUCCCAGGAUUGGAUCUCUCCCAGAGACAGAGUCUUCUAGAUCAGCUCAAACGCAUGCUCGAAACCAUCGAAGGGAAGCUGGCUGCUGCCGAGACAAAACAUUCGGCAUUGGCCGCCGAAACCCUGGGCCUCGUUGCCGGCGCCGCGAAACUCGACGAUGAUAUCGAUGAUCUGAAAGAAAAGGUCAAGAAACUCGAGGAAGACAUGACCUCGCUCCGGGAGCAGGACGUCAUGGGUGCUUUCAAUCUGAUCAAAGAGAAUCUCGACCGGGCGAAACAGUCGAAAGAAAAGAGCAAAGUUGUUCGUAUAAUCAUGGACAACAGCACCGCGCUGAGGAGCGAGGCUUCUCACCUUUUGGAUCGGAAGCAAUCGGCCUUCAAGGACGUUUACAACCUCAACGAAGAUCUGAUGAAAGAACUCGAUAACGACAUCUUGAAUCUCGAACGCGCUGUGCCGGAGAUCAACCGUCACCUUUGCGACAGCGAGACAUCCGUGGACGGCUGUAAGGAUAAGUGCGGCGGCAUCGGCUGCGACGAAUGCGGGGAGAACAUCAGUUGUGGUAAGGCGGCCGUCCGCCAAGCGAAGAACGCUUUGGACAUGGCCAAAGAAUUGGAGGGAAUUCUCCAGGCGAAACAGUCGAAGGCCGGGACAAUGCGAGACAACGUCGAAGAAGCGCGUACUUCAGCCAAUCGCGCUCAUAGCAAAGCUCUAGAGGCCCACAAGGCUGUCAUCGACGCCCAUAACGACGCAUCGAAAUCGCUGGACGACCUGAGGAAGCUUCUCGAAGAGAUUGAAACCUUGCUCAAGAAGGCGGUUGGGACUCCGCAAGACAUCCGGAAGAUCGCUACGGACUGCAUGGAGCUGAGAGUUCAACUGACGCCUCAACAAAUCGAGGAAUUGUCCGCGCAGAUCGUGUCCGCCAUCCAAAGUUUGUCCAACAUAGGGAACAUCUUGUCGGAAACUCAAGAAGAUAAAGAGCGAACCAUCGACUUGAGGAAUAAAGCUGAUCGCAUCAAGGACGAAGCCCAGAAAAUACUGGACCGAGCUGAGGCUGUCCGAGGGUAUUUGAAUGAGGCCGCCGAGGACCAGACCGCCACCCGCGCGAUCAACGAGCAGAUCAAGCGCGAACUGGAGAACUCAAAGGCUGAUAUCGCAGAUCUCAAUGAUCGCGGAACGUUGGUGAAACAACGCUCCACCGAUCUGCUCGCGCAGACUCUGAAUUUGACGGCGACCCUGAGGCAAUUGACAAGGAACAAAACUGACGCCAACAUGAAGGCAAACAAUCUCCAGAGAGAGUUCACUGAAGCUCAUCGUGAAGCGGAAGACGCUCACGCGAUGUCUGAGAGCCUCAAUCUGAAAUAUCAGGAAGCUGUCAACGAGAUAAGCCGCAAACAGCUAUCGGAUAACGCCAAGAAGGAACAGGUCGACGAUUUGAGGCAGCGAACCAAUGAGCUGUUCAAGGAAUACAAACGAAUCGCUGUGGAUCUCGAGUCCAUCGAGGAUUUCUACGCCAGCUACGAGAAGACGAUGCAGAAUCACAAUGAGCAAAUAUUGAAAAUGAUGGAAGAGAUGGACAGAUACCAAACGCAGAUCGACACCAGCGCCACCAAUUAUCAAGUGUGCGUUCCGUAAUGAAGACUUUCCAAAUAAAACUAUUUUUCCACGAUGACUU